UCGCGAAGCCGACGAAAACAGAAUUUUCAUUUUCAUCGCGUAUUUAAUUUUGUCUUGGUCAAAAUCUUCGAUCAUCCUUGGUUCACCAUGUCCAAAUUGCUAGUGAAGUGGGCCAAUUUUGGUUAUCAGACGCGAGAGAUUCGCACUGCGAUCGUAUUCGGCACAAACGGAGAAAAUGUGAUUAUUGUUCUCGAAAAUGAUGAGGUGCUUGCCUUCGGAAAAAACCAAAAAGGGUGUCUUGGAGCUGGCGUCGAUGGUGAAGUGAAUAAAGAGCUCGCGCCCGUUAAGAAUUUGCGUGGACAAAGAAUUGAAGGAUUUGCAUGUGCUGGCGAUGAUGACGGCAAAAUCUGCAUUUUCGCCAUUACUGGAUCUGGUCCCGUAUUCUCCUGGGGAGAAAAUGGAUUUGGACAGCUUGGAUUAGGAACCACUGAAUACACCAAAGUGCCCACCAAAAUUUUAGGCUCUCUAAAGCACAAAAGGGUUGUCCAAGUUGCUUGCGGCAAUUAUCAUUCACUAGCUCUGACCUCGGAGGGAGAGGUUUACGCUUUCGGUCGAAACAAGGAGGGCGAAUUAGGUUUGGGGACCAAUUACGACCAAUCGUUUCCACGAAAGGUUGACGGACUGCUGGAUGGGACAAUUGUAACCUCAGUUGCUUGCCACAAUUUCUCCUCUUUAGCGCUCUUACAUUCUGGAGAGAUUUUCGCUUGGGGUGACAACUCUAACGGAAGAAUAGGAUUGUGCCACACAGUUCACCAGGCAUGUAGUCCCAGCAACGUGCUCAACCUGGAAGGAGUCUUGAUUUCCAAAAUCGUCAGUGGACGAGAUUUCACUCUCGCUUUGUCGGACGACGGCAAGAUUUACUCGUGGGGAGUAAACAAGAAAGGUCAGUUGGGAACUGGGACUACCGAUGGCGUCAGCAUACCAACCAUUAUAUCAUCAGAGAUGGGAAGGGUUACAGAAAUUGCUGCCUCUCUAUACGAGAGCCACCCGUGCGUUGCAAUCACGGAAAAUCACCAGGUGUACAUUUGGGGCAGUUGCAAUGGUCAACUUGCCAAGAAACCAAUGCUCACUUCCUUCUUGUCUUUGGAUGAAGUUUUUACUGUGUUCUAUCCUCCAGUGAGCUACCAACGUUUUCAAUUGAAAAUUACAACAGAUGAGAGGAAGAGGAAAGGCUUGGUGAAUGAGCGUCUACGAAAAGCGUUUGACAAUCCUGAAACUGCUGACUUUGCAUUCAUUGUCGAGGGGAAGAAAAUUCACGUCCACAAGAACCUUUUGACUAUCGGCAGCGAUUUGUUCAAGAAACUGUUCCUUGGAGAUUGGAAGGACAGUUGCCCAAAGGAGCAGAUCGUCGAGGAUCACAGCUAUGAUGCUUUCUACGCGUUCCUCAAAUACUUCUACACGGAUGAAGUCGAUUUUACGCAUGAACUCGCUCUUGACGUGUACGCCUUAGCCCACUUCUAUCAGGUGACUGAUCUGAUGGACGAGUGCGAAAAGAUUCUUAAAUCAGGUAUGACAGUGCAAAACGUUGCUGCUGUUUACGAGAAGGCACAUUUGUUUGGAGCUAAGGACCUGUGUGAGUUCUGCUUUAAGUUUUGCAAGGGGCACUUGAUUGAUGUCGUGGACAAUUUUGGGACUGCUGACAGCAAGAGAGAAGUCUUCUUCGAGGUUUUCAGUUGGGCGGCUAAUAAGAAGUAAAACAUGGAAUUAGUUUUCACUGAUCAGUUGCACAUGCAGGUAUUUAAAAUUGUAAUGCUAGUUCGAUAAAAUUUGUUUCUACGAAUUCUCUGUUUUCGCUUUUAUCCUAUUUUAUUUAAAAAUUGAGCUACAAAAGAACUUGAUACUGGAAAAUUUUAAAGUAAAAGCAACACAUAUUUGAGCCUCUCUCUUUACA